UUUAAUAAUAGCCAAUUCAAUUCCAGCCCAUUCUUGGAGGAAAGAAAUCUAAAGUAGGGUUGGCUUAAUAUGAUUUUGAGGGAAGAUACUUUAGAAUGGCCUAAUACUCAAGUUACUUGAUUUUUUGACCUUAGGUUUUUAGUCUUAGGACUUAGGUUGGUAGAUAGUAGGCAUUUAAUUAAUUUUUCAUUGGUUGAUCAAAGGUCCUUUUUAUCUUUGUAACUUUGAUCUUAUAAAAAUAUGGGAUUAUAAAUUUGAUGUAUUAUAGCAAUAUGAAAAUGAAUACAAACAAUAAGCCUAGGAAGGCCAAAGCCCCAUUUCCAUAACAUCUGUAAUUUCUAUAGACUUUGGACUCCCCAAUUUAGUGACUUUUCAUCAAUAUCCUCCAAUGACAGAUAUCCUAAAUAUAUGAUCUAUCACAGACCUAGAGUUGGAAAGGAGUGGGAAAUGGUCAUUGCUGCUUCUUUUUUGACAACAAAUAGCAACUCCAUGUAGCUAUGACAGGAAGACCUAUUGGGGUCUGUUAUACUAUUACCUGGAUUUCCUGACAUUUCUUAUUUGUGAAUAUUUGCAAAGAACCUCUUUCAUCCUUGUAUCUUUUCAGAUAGGUUAAAAAAAGUAAGUACCUCUGAUUGGGAAGUUCAUUAAGACACCAAUAACUCCAACUAAACUCAUGCCUGAUUGAAAACAAACUAUUCUCUAAUUUAAGACUGUUAAUCAUCUGAAAGUUCACCUUGAACUCUAAUUGAAACAUUUUCAAGAAUUAAUUUCCAAUAAACGAGGUAUUUUUGAGAAGCCUGACAGGUGUAGCCUAUCCUUGCCCCUCCUUCACUUCCAUCCUAACUUCAAAGAUCAAAAGAGCCACUGUGUGUCUGAAGAUAUAAAGAUACUAUCCUCUAGGCAAUUAAGCAAUGAUUGUAACAAGUAGGCAGGAUGGGGCAAGGAGGUCUAGUAGGGUGCUUGUUCUUGCUUUUGGUGUUGGGUGAGUUGGUAUCUGUUGAUCUUUGUGGCUCUUCUAGUUCUAGAUUUCCUCUCAGAAGUAAAGAAUUUCUGAGUCCAAGUUAUAAUUCUUCUCAUGCCCACUCUUCACUGGACCAUGGGGUUCAUUCUCAAUUGUUGCCUGUGAAGGUUCAAUGUCAGGAAACUAAGUUGGUGGCAAACAUUCGGAGAGACCUCUUUGGGAAGGGAAGAUUAAUCAACCCUUCAGACUUGAGCCUUGGCCCAGCUGCCUGUCAAUAUACUGCCUUCAAUGAAUCAAGUAAUAUUAUUGUCUUUCAGGCAGGGCUUCAUGAGUGUGGCAGUACACUUCAGGUGACCACAGACUUUUUGGUUUAUAGAAUAAAUUUAUAUUAUAACCCAACUCCUGCUGUCAACUCCACUAUCCUAAGAAACAAUCCAACCGUGAUUCUAAUUGAGUGCCCUUAUCCAAGGAGGAGCAAUGUAAGCAGCAAGGCUAUACAACCAACCUGGAUUCCAUUCAGUUCUACAUUAUCUUCACAAAAAAGGCUAAAGUUCACCUUACAACUGAUGACUGAUGACUGGAGUGCUAAGAGGGCUUCCUCUAGCUAUCAACUUGGGGAUGUUAUUUCCAUCCAAGCUAAUGUGAACACUGGAAGUCAUGUGGCUCUGAGACUUUUCAUUGACAGCUGUGUGGCCACGUUAAAAUCAAACCAAGAUCCAACUCACAGCUAUGCUAUUAUUGACUUCUAUGGGUGUCUGGUUGAUCAUCAGUCAGGAAAUGUUGGGUCAACCUUUAUCUCCCCAAGGUCCAGGCCAGAGACCCUUCAAUUUGUUAUUGAAGCUUUUAAGUUUUCAAGAGAACCCAAGGAUCAGAUCUAUAUUACAUGCCACUUGAAGGUCACUGAAGCUGCUGACCUACCAGAUCCUUCAAACAAAGCUUGUUUUUUCAACAAAUCAAGCCAGGAAUGGUCUGCUGUAGAAGGUACAGAUAGCAUCUGUACCUGUUGUGAAACUGGUAGCUGCAGGAAAGCUCAUCUUCCAAACAGACUAAGCAGAAGUCACUGGAAAAGGAAUGAGUUAUCCUGGAAAGAAAUUUCUAGAAAAAAGAAUGAGGCUGAUGUGGUAGUUGGACCUCUGAUUAUUUAUGAUAUGACAGUGGAAGCCAGCAGCAUUGAUAGCCAGGACAAAGGAGCUAGAACCAACCACCGAGGUACUGAAACACCUGAAACAGUGCUACUGGCUGUGGGAUUUGUAGCAUUUUUCUAUCUAUCAUGCUGGUAGAUCUGAAGUCUUUUUUGGUAAUGUUAACUAUUGAUAAAAUAAAGUAAAAGACCAAAAGAUACAUUCAAUGUGUUGUCUGCUUUUAAUGAUAGUGGCUAGCAUUUGUGUAAUGCUUUAAGAUUAGCAAAGUGCUUUACAUAUAUUAUCUCAUUUCACCUCCACAAAAAACCCUGGGAUGUAGGUGCUAUUCUUAUCAUUCUCAUUUUACAAAUGAGAAUAGUAAGGCUGAGAUAUAACAAUCAGACAGCCAAGUCUGUCCUGAGGAAAGGCUGGAAAUCAAGUUUUCCUGCCUCCAGAUUCAGUACUCUAUCCCCUCUGUCAUCAUAACUUCUUCUAAGGAAAAAGUUUACUUGGAAUUUGGGGGGAUAUACCUAAGCAACAAAAAAUAUUCCACCCAAAGUAUUUGAAUAAAAUAAAUGCUUAGAGUCUCAAAGCUUCUUCUUGAAAUAUUCAUCUGUGGUAUGGAAUUCCCAUAAACAUUCUUAGCACAAUGUGUGUAUAAUACACACCUGUGUAUAUAUCAUGUGCAAGAUUAUUUUCUUAUUGUUCCAGUCAUCUCUGGCCUUGCUAACAUCUAUCCCUGGGGUAAUAUAAACUUUAUCUGGCCUUUAUCUAUCUCUGUCUUUCUCUUUGUAGGUGGACACCUACCUUGAAUAUAUUCAGUAUAUAGUCACUUGCUCAAUAUUCAUUAAUUAUCAUGUGUAACUACCAAAGUAGUUUUCUGGUACCUUGAAACUUUUUUUGGAAGGUGGAUGAGUCUGAUCAUAAUAGCAUCAUAUAUCAUGUUAUUUAGUUGAGAAACUUUGAACUCUGUCACUAACAGUGUUAAUGAAGGUUAAAAUUUUGAUGGCAAUGCAAAGGUGAAUAUCAGUUAUUUAGAAAAUAGCUUUUGUAAUUAUUGACUGAGACAGUGGCUUAGCCUUUGGAUCUAUGUGAAUGAUAGAACAUGAGGAGGGAUUGAAAUAGAUAUGAAGAACAAGGGGAGGAAGAAUAAAGAAUGAGACAUUCUAAGAAGCAAUAGGAAUUAAAACCUAUCAAAGAGGAAUUAGAAAACGGGAUGUUUGACUAUCAAUAUAGGAUGAGACCUGGGAACAGGAAGAUCUAAUUUCAUAUGCUACCUUUAAACUAAUGUCUAAAUCUUUUUUUUUUCCCUUUAAACAUUAUUUUAUUUAGUCAUUUCCAAACAUUAAU